GAGGACAGAGGACCGCCCGUACUCUUUCACCGCAUCCCCUAUAAUUGUGUUGAUAUCAGUGGAUUGUUUAUUUACAAAGGUUUUGCCAUUAAAGUUUUCGUAAGUUAACUUUCAUCUGGUGAAGUAGCCUUGACUUUGCCUAUCAGAAAACGAUUCAUAUCACGGACAAAGCUCUGAAAGCAGAAAACACAGCAUAUUAUUAUGGCAUAAUUUAAAGAAACCUCUUGAUUAACUUUGGUUUUAUCAGUGUGGAUAACUUUUGAGAUAGAACAGGUGAGAUGACCUUUGAUCCAUCCACACGGGUAACAGAACUGUGAACAACCGCUAUGGCAGCAAAAGGAGCUCAUAUAACACAAAAUAGUAUAGAGGCUCGCCCUUCAAUAUUCGAAGUCGUAGCAGCUGAUUCUUUGAAUGCAACUUUUUACCCUGCAUUGAAAAGAAUAGCCAAUUUCCUUGCUACCAUAAAACCCAAUACAUUCGGUGUCCUUGUCAGAUACUACGAUGAGGUUUAUUUGCUAUUCAACUGGAUUGUCCAGAGCUACUAUCUGCGACACAAGGGCGGUUCACUAUCGGAGGUCUUCUACGGACUUACGCGCAUCUCAUCGCGAACACAAAUCCUCGAUCGAACCGGUCAACGGUGGUCAUGGGUGACCCUGGUUAUAGCUCCCUACGUCGUCCGUAAAGUUGAACAACGCUUACAGCAAUGGAAAGAUGAUUACGAAGCAGGAAAACCGGUUGAAGGAAGCAAACUACUGCUGACUCGCGUUAUGCCGUAUCUUAAGGCAUGUUUUGAAUGUGCCAGAUUGUUACAAUACGUAACCUAUUUAGCCGGCAGUGGUUCAACGCAUUCUCCUGUAUUGAGGGUGCUCAAUUUGAAGCUCACCUAUUUGGCAGAAGAGGACCAAUCAUGGACCAUUCGAGAAUUUCUAGGUGGUCAAGUGAAAAUUGCUACUCUUCUGAGCACUGUUAUGCUGAGGACAUUGGAGUUAUCGGCGUUUUUCCUGCAAUUUAUUGAAUGGUGGCAGAAUGAAGCGAACAUGGGGGACCUUUCCAAGCUUCCGAUACCGAACGCUCCACCAUCGGACUUGAAUAGUGCAAAAUACAAAGGUAUUUGUCCUAUCUGUUUGCAGCGCUGGGUGAUUCCCACGGCCAUUUCGAUAUCAGGAUAUGUCUACUGCUACAGUUGUAUCGUAGCACAUUUGCAGAAAGAGAACAAAUGUUUAGUUACAAAGUAUCCAGCGACUGUUAACGACCUUGUUAGGAUAUUUGACGACAUCUAACCGAUUAAAGAUUUGUAUGAAAA